AUGUUCAUCCGAGAGGAGCUCAAUAAUCUUAUCAAAAGUUUGCAAUACCACAUUCAACAUGAAAGCAUUCCUCUAAAUGAAGAGAAACAAAUCCUCAGAGAAAUUAAAGUACUUGAAGGGACACGGGGAAAGGUCAUUGCAAAUGCUGCUGAGAUGGCUAAGAUACAGGACUCAUUGGGUGAAAAGGAGGUCAUUCAGGACCAGCUUAUAGGCGUUGAUCUUGAUGGAGUUUGGAAAGAACAGCAAGUGGUUAAGGCCAAGCUUAAGCAACUUGAUGAAGAAAAGGAGUCUCAAGAGAAAGAGAUCAAUGCUUUGCAGGAGGAGUUGACAUCAGUUGCAGAGGAGCGGGAUAAAACUUUUGCGAACAUUCAGGAAAUGAGGAAACAGCGUGAAGAAAAAAUUCGAAUGGCCAGAAUUGUCAUCCACUUUCAGAAUUCGUCUUAUUACCAAAACCGUACACUUUUGAUCAAAGCCAAAGAACUAGCAGCAAAGAAGGAUGUUGAAGCUUUGAAGGAACUUUCAGAGACAGAGGUUGAGAAGUUCAUGUCCCUCUGGAGCACUAAUAAGGCUUUCAGGGAUGACUACGAGAGGAGAACACUGCCAUCAUAUGACAUUCGACAGCUGAGUAGGGAUGGACGUAUAUGGAAUCCUGAUGAAAAGCCACUGGUGUCGUUAGAUGCACCAACCCCUUCACAAACUGAGUUAGUUGUGAAAACAAAUGAGCGUGAAAAUAGAGUGAAAAAUAAGGCCAGAACUGCUGUUGCCGCUCAUGAUUCUGAGGAAUCAACUGAAGCAGUGGCAGCGGUUGCUGAACAAGAAAACAUCGAGGAAAAAGUUGAAACUCUGGUUCCACUAAAGAACGAGGAUAGGAAAGAAAAUACCAUCAGGCAUAGAACACGACCAAAAUGUCCAGAUUCACUUCAGAAAGUUGUUCUCAAACUAUUGGGUAUGGGCUGCUUUUGGUGGUUUUUGUACUUCUGGCAAUUGGGUAUCGCUAUCUUCUUUAAGAUGUUAAAGAAGUUCACCAAUGAAAGAUGA